AUGAUAAAUACUCUGUUUAUUUUGCUUCUACAGAAAUGUAACUUGUGCAGACAAAGAAUUAAGAAAACCUCUGGUGCCUGCAUUCAGUGUUCAUAUGGAUGCUGUCCAGCCUCGUUCCAUGUUACCUGUGCCCAUGCUGCAGGAGUGCUGAUGGCACCUGACGACUGGCCAUAUGUUGUCUAUGUCACAUGUUUCAGGCACAAGAUCAACCAAAAUGUGAGAGCUGAAGCGUGUGAGAAAGGCAUUAGAGUUGGGCAGACAGUCAUCACGAAACACAGGAAUACAAGAUACUAUAGUUGCAGAGUCAUAAGAGUGACAUCACAACUUUUCUAUAAAGUGGUGUUUGAUGAUGGCUCUUUCAGUCUGGAUACUUUUCCUGAAGACAUUGCAAGCAGAGAUUGCCUAAGGCUGGGCCCACCUGCAGAGGGAGAAGUUGUCCAAGUGAAAUGGCCUGAUGGAAAACUCUAUGGUGCGAAGUAUGUGGGAACAAACACAACUUACAUGUAUCAGGUUGAAUUUGAAGAUGGCUCUCAAAUAGUAAUGAAGAGAGAGGAGAUCUAUACACUAGAUGAAGAGCUCCCUAAGAGAGUAAAAGCACGUUUUUCCACAGCCUCUGACAUGAGAUUUGAAGACACAUUUUAUGGAUCAGACAUUAUCUUGGGAGAGAAGAAGAGGCAGAGAGUAUUGAGUUCCCGCUUUAAGAAUGAGUAUGUGGAUGAUCCGGGAUACCGCACUUUCUUAAAAAGCUCAUUCCAGAAGGAAUGCCAGAAGAGGCUAUAAAGAAAGCAAGAGAGGGAGAGGGAUGUUGAUUACAAAGCAUGCAUCAUUAUUUGCAAUUAGUUUCAGUUUAAUUGAACACUGUUUUACAGUGACCUAAUCUGUAGAUCAACCUCAUAAACUGAAGUUCUUGAGUUCUGAUUUCUUCAGCUAAUUUGUUAAAAUUUCAUAAUGUUUUGGUUAUGAAACUAAGGGGGAAGCCAAGUGAGAGUAAGAGGGAUUACACACGGAUAUGCUGAAGAAAACGUUCACUCCUGUUUGCAUUGAGAUAUGUAGUAAAAUUCCUUUUGAACUGUGGGAGAAAAUUCACAUUCAAAAAAGGAGACAUUUUAGUAAGCAGAGAUAAUAUCGGUAGCAAAUUUUUUUUCAGCAGGCAGGAAAGGAUGUUAAGUUCGGUAACAGCAGUUUUCAUGAAACAUCUAAAACAAAUAUGAGUAUGUACAGUAUUAAGACACAAGCUGUACUUUGUACAGUGCUUUUAUAUGUUUAUAUCACUACUGCUUUCAGUAGGGUUUGAUGCGGACACAGCUGUUGGUUUAGAUAUUUUUGCCAUUUAAGGAAGAUACCUUCAGCAAAGCAAGGGUGUUUUGUAUAUCUAAAGAGGGAGAUUUUGGCAGUUAUUUUUCAACAUGUUUUUCAUAAGAUCUGUUAAAAUAGCUAUUUGUAAAAUGCAAGUUUCUUUCAUUUCGUGUUUGAAGAAUUAGAAUUUAAAUCUUUAUGCUUAACAGCCUAGUUUUGAAUGAAUAUAUUAUGGUAUUCAUUUUAAAUUA